AUGGCGGAGCUGCUGAACAUAAACCAUGAAGUUGAGGAGUUGAAAAAGGAAUACUUCUGCAGAAACAGGCAAGCUGAGGAGAACAGACAAAGAGAAAACCAGGCCGCCACCCGGAUUCAGAGCUGGGUCCGAGCCUGCAAGGUGCACGCUUACCUCAGCCAUCUGCACAAGAAGGCAAUCAUUAUACAGAAGGUAUGGCGGGGCUUCACAGCAAGGGCACGUUGCAGACAAAUGGUGAAGGCGGCAUAUUUGAUCAUGAAGAUGAAUUUCUACGAGGAGAUGGCGGUCAGGAUCCAGCGGAGAUGGAGAGGAUUCUUUGUGAGGAAGUAUGUCCACAACUUCUACGCACGCCAGAGCUACCUGAAAGGACUCUCCAGGAAAAAUGAACUGGUCAGGAUGGAACUAGACGAGCUUGAGGAGCUCCAGAAGAGAGAGAGAGACUGUCUGGAGAGGGUGAGAGAGCAGACGGCCGAGGUCUACCGGGCCCACCGGCUCCACCACCUCCUCAGCACCAAGCAGUGCCCUGGGGUCUUCAACUCUCCAUUUAGGCCCGCCCCCCAUGAGAUGGAACUACUGCUGCGGCAGGUCAAGUACCAGGCCCCCACCAGGCUGUCCCGCGGGGUCGGGGCUUGUCCCUCGGGCAUCGCUGCCCCAACAGCCCCGAGUCUCCCUGGGACUCUUCCAUCCCCAUGGAUUGAAACCACGGGAACCUCCUGCUCCUCCAGGCCUAUUCUGCCCCCCAUUGCCAUCAAGAAACAGCAGGUUCUGUUCAGAGAGCCAGGGGAAGUCUGGGAGCAGCGUGUGCAUUGUCCUGACCUGACGUUGCGCCUCCAGACCUCCUACACACACCUGGAGGAGGCCCAGAAUCGGCUUCGACAACGCGACUCCAAAGGAAUCCCCGCUGGCACAUUAGGAACAGGAAGUAUGCUCCACCGUCUGAGCCAAAGCAGAAACUCCUCGACUCAGCCAGCCAACUCCAAGAGCUUCAGAUUGUCUUUUACAUACUAACCGCAAGAGAAGCCGGUCAAGACAUUGUUCUCCACCUCCAUCCUUGAUAAGUGUGCUCCUCUGUACUCCGAGGCUG